AUGACCAGACGCGUCAAAGAAAAGAGAGAGAAAAUUCAACACAAAAAAUAUCGUGGCCUAAUCACGCAAUUUAUAAUCUUCCUGGUUCUAAGAUCUAUCGAUCUUGCUGCGUCUAUUGCAGUAUUAAACAACGCUUGGUCACAUUCAUCUGACUGGAAAACCCUAGAUGAAACUCUCUUUAAUACUACGAACAAUCAACCCAGGGAUUUUAUCAAACCGCGAAGCAUUAACUCUCGGAGAAUCGUCCCUCGCAGUAUAAACCCUCGGUGGUUUGUCCCUGGGAGUUUCGACCCUCGGAAUGUUGAUCAUCGGAAUUUUGACCAUACGACAUUUGAACCACCGAACUUUGGCCCUCGGAAUCUUGACCGUCAGAGAAGUAACGUUCGGAGAAAUGACCCUCGGAAUUUGGACCCUACGAACUCAGAUAUCCCAAAUUCUUACUCUCGGAAACUUAAGCCACGGAACUUUGUCUCGCCAAACUUUGACCCUCCGAACUUUGACCCUCGAAAUACAAUACUUCGGAGAUUAAACCCAGGAAAAACAGACCCCCGGAGAAAUGUGCUCUUAAAUAUCAAACGUCGUAGCAUCAACUCAGCUCAGUACACAAGCAGUUCUGUAACAGACUACUGUCAACAGAUUGACCAAUGGGAUAAGAAGAAAGUGGAUUCAAAUAUUUCUGAAUAUAAAACCAUUCUUGGUUUCACUGUGUUUUUUAACAUCGUAUCACUGAGCGUGUUUGUAAUGCAUCUUGGAUUCUGGCUAGCGACAUUGAAAACCACUUUCGAAGACGGUGCGGAAUACGAGACUCGUGUCACAAGGUUAACCCGCAAUAGUUUCCUCUCUUUAAUGACCGCUCUAAUCCGUGACGUCCCGCUGUCUUGUUUGAACGUGGAACUUCUCGCGCGGCGCUCCGGACGUGAGGGACUCGCGUGUGUCGCGUGUAUAUUCGCGGGCAAAUGCGAGCAAGAAGAUUACAUUGACAACAACCUUCAGCUGGCGAAAAGCUUACUUUAUCUCAGUUACUUCGUAAUGCUCAUCAGCUCAUUCUGGAAAGGUGUCUCGGGAUUCUACCGUUUGAGUCGUUUUAAAGAGUUUAAUAUCUAUAUUAUUCGCGCAUGCGCAUCUAUCGUGUUCGGGUUCCUUUAUUGCAUCGCGACUUUUACUCCGGCGAUGUUCAUGUUUAUUUAUAGAUAUUUCGCAAUCCCUGGGCUAGAUGCGCCAUUCCUGCAUGAUCUCGCUUCACGGCUGGUGGUGCUUGGAGCCACAAUCUGGGUAAUGUGGGUGUCAGUGGUUGUAUGUUGCCCGAUACUUUAUGCUAUCAGACUCAAUUCGGACUAA